AUAGAACCGACGGAGGGAAAACAGCACCAUGAAUACAGAAGCGCAAGAUACUGCGUUGUCAACUCUUAUUUUACCUGUAACAUUUACAAGACAGCUUAGAAACCCAGAAAAACGAUACUGCUACUUCUGCUUUCGUUAAUACUACUGUUUGUGUAUUACUACUACUACCACUACUACUGCUACUACUACUACUACUAAUAAUAACAAUAAUCACAGGUCAGAAGACAAUACUGGGGAAAUCGCUACGACAACCUGCAUAAAGGAAUCUUCAACAUCCAAUAAGCUUGCAUAUUACUGUAUGAGCAUUGAUCGCGACUCCUGAUACUGAACAGAUCCAGGACUCCCAGGACUCCCAGUACCUUUCUGGGGCAUUGAAGCAGUCAUAACAGGAGAUCAGACACCAUGACCAAGAAAACGCGGCGAUGGAUUGUUCACAUAUUACUUUGUCUGGGGAUUGUUUAUUUAAAAAUUGGGGGCUUCUCAUCAGUGGUCGCGCUUGGAGCGACUAUAAUUUGUAACAAGAUUCCCGGUUUGGCUCCUCGACAGCGGAUUAUCUGUCAAACCCGGCCCGACGCUGUCAUUAUCAUCGGCGAAGGGAUCCAGAUGGGCAUCAACGAAUGCCAGUUUCAGUUCAGGAGCGGACGUUGGAACUGCUCCGCGCUUGGAGAAAGAACUGCCUUCGGAAGAGAAUUGAAAGUGGGUAGCAAGGAGGCAGCAUUCACUUACGCCAUCAUCUCCGCCGGGGUGGCCCAUGCCAUCACUGCCGCCUGCGCACAGGGCAACCUGAGCGAGUGUGACUGUGACCAAGAGAAACAAGGCUUCUAUGACCAGGAAGAAGGCUGGAGAUGGGGUGGCUGCUCGGCAGAUAUCCGUUUUGGCCUGGACUUCUCUAAGGUGUUUGUGGACGCCAGGGAGGUUAAGAAGAAUCCCAGGGCGCUGAUGAAUCUGCACAACAAUGAGGUCGGACGCAAGAUCCUAGAGAAGAACAUGCAGCAGGAGUGCAAAUGUCAUGGAGUGUCGGGGUCCUGCACGACCAGAACCUGCUGGACCACGUUACCCAAGUUCCGUGAGCUGGGCCACAUCCUGAAGGACAAGUAUAACAUAGCAGUACAUGUGGAGCCUGUGGUCAUCAAUCACAAGAGGCGGCCUUUUCUCAAGGUCAAGAAGCCCAACUCGUACCGCAAGCCGCUUGUCACGGACCUGGUCUACAUAGAUAAGUCUCCCAACUACUGCGAGGAAGACCCGGCGACAGGCAGCGUGGGCACACGUGGCCGGGCAUGCAACAGAACAGUGCAUCAGCCUGGCAGCUGCGACUUGAUGUGUUGCGGCCGUGGCUACAAUACACACCAGUACUCACGUGUCUGGCAGUGCAACUGUAAGUUCCUCUGGUGCUGCUAUGUGAAGUGCAACACCUGCAGUGAGAGGACAGAGGUUUAUACAUGCAAGUGAAGCAUGUGUGUUAGGGUUUUCGUUUGCUAUCUUGCAAUGCAAGACAUACGUGGAAUGAGAGGGAAUAGACUUUUGCUUGUUUGGAGUUUUUUGGCCUGAUCUGCAUUUGGUGAUGGCUCCCCUUCAGAUUUUGCUGCCAUGGAAGAGCGACUCUGCUGUGGGUACAUAAAAGGAAACAGCACUGAGGUUUCACAAGGAAUAUGAUAUCAAAAUAUGGGGAGAACAGAAGCUAACAACAUGGAAUUAUCCCAGAAAGCAUGCCUUACAGCUUGUUGGAAGACUGGAUUCCCUCUGGUCAGCACCAGGGGCAUUGCUGACCAUGCUGUUGUUGACAAAGACUGUGAUAAGUGGGAAACCCAUCCAGCCCCAACCAUCGCUGUCAGUUUGUAAAGACAUUCUUAGCACUUACACCGGUACAAUGGCCUAUCUACAACAGUGGUACAGGAGCAUACCUUCACAUGUGGUACAAUGGAACAGAAGUUCUGAACUUUCUCUUUUUUGCCCUGGUUUAUAUAGUGAUAUUUAACAUUUUAUAUAGAUAAAAUAAUAUUAAUAUAUUUAAUGAAAAAACUACUGAUACAUUUCUUUAAGGGGACACAGACUACUGAUACAUUUCCUGGGAUGAUGUAAAGCAUUUCCAGUUGCCUUUUUGUGGAAGUUUCAUUUACGAAAAAAAGUUCUGAGGGCAGAGCGAAAAAUGAUUGGUUCAAUGAGAUAACCAAUCAGAUUGUGGAGGAGGUGGGUCCAAGCAACUAAUCAGAUGACUUGGGUCUGCCUCUAAUUGCUUAGACCCACCACCUCUACAGUCUGAUUGGUUAUCUAUCUGAGCCAAUCAUUUUUUCAUUCUGCCCUCAGAAAAAUUUUCUGUAAGUAAAACUCCCACGAGCCUUUUUGUGUUGCCUACUGAUGUUCAUGAGUGCAUAUUUUUUAUACGAAUAUGAAAAGUGGCACCAUGAAGCUUUACCCAGCUACUGAAAAAUACUCUGGAAUCAUUAUACGCUAUAAAAAGUUGUCAGAGUUGAAAAUGCGUACAGUAAUUAGUUGGAAAUGAUUCUUGCUGGUUAGUCAAAGUGAGAAGCUGUGAUUGAAAAACAAAAAUAUAAACUUUAAUUGUUUUUGAUGCCACAUUGACAAUUCUAACAAAUAUUUUUAACCCGUAGCAAUAACAAUAUUCUCAGCAAUUUUUCCCUUGUGUGGAAAAUACUUGUUGAAAGAAUAUAGAGUAUUUUGCUAGAAGCUAUUUUUGUAUGACUGUUUAAUUUAUAUGGCUGCAUGAUGUAUAUUUGUCCUGUUCAUACCUCUUUCUGUCUGACUCCGUUGACAAAGCCUGGUAGAUGCUAAAAUACUGGUCGAUGUCCAUUUGGCCAGUGCGUUAUUAAGUAUCUGUUAUUUCAGUGGAAAAUAGAGUAGAUGUGUACAACCUGCUUCAUUUAUCCAAUACAUGAACAGGAAUAUGCCUGCUGCCUUUUUGGCUUAACACUCUGUUUUGCAUUGAUUGACGUGAAACUCAUCACGCUGUCUGACACAGAAAUAGAUUUGGAUGACAUAGGUUGUCUUCAGUCAGUAUAUUGUUGGGGCAACACUGUCAAAGGUAAUGAUCUGAGGUUCAACCAUAUCAGCUGAUCAGGCCAAUGUACUGCCAUACAUUGACUAUAAAUCACAGUGCUACAGUCAGUUUUGUAGGUGGCUUUUGGGGGUAGAGGAUUUAUCAGAUUAAAGUCUAAAAUAACACUGAGGUAAUCCCCAAACUGCUAAUGCAUCAUUCUUUGGAUUUGUUUCAGAACAAUAAUAGCUAUAUUUGUUUAAUAUACCUACUGCAUUCUAUAGCAUCCAUCUCCACCACAAAAAAGGAAACACAAUUAUCUUAUAACGUCAUCCUCCCUUGAAGUUGUUUUGAAUGUUGGAUGUAAAAUGCUAUAGUGUCAUUUUGAGAUCUUGACUAUCACAAAAAUUACAGACCUAUACAGACUAAAAACAACCUAACUUCAAAAGACAUCAUUAAUCAUAUGUCCUCACUUUAACACAUUCAAAGAUCUGAAAAACAGCUUCAUAAGCGUUGUUGUUGAUGCUUGAAAGGUUUAGGAUAAUUAAACACUUGGGAGGGUGAGAAGUUGAUUGGUGAAGCAUAUAGAGGUGUUUGUGCUUUAAAGCACUGAGCCAAGGGUGUCAUGGAAACCUUUUGGCUAAAGUGUAGAAUCGUUUGCAAUCGGGUGAUAGAAAGCUUUGGUAUCUGCUUCAUUUACUCUUCUGUGAUGCGUUGUCUGGACAACACCACUGUGCAUCUGAACAUGCAAUGUGGCUUCCAAUAGAAGGUGGGAUAUCCAUCAGUUAAGUGUUAAUUAUAGAAUUCCAGGGGGAAAAAAAUCAAAAAGACUGCUAAAAAGAACCAAAAAAGCCCACUAUUUGGAAUGCUGCAGAGAAAUUCCAUUCCCAGUAGCAAAAUUAUACUUUGUAUUAACGAUUGUUAGUUAAAUACAAAUAUGAGAAGCAUAAGGCAUUAUGUUAGGGUUCCAGCCCCGUACUUUUCAAGUGUGUGCUACGCUGGCAUGACCGCAAACCCACUGGAUCAUAAAACAGAAGUGUCUUUCUUUAACAUUAAUGACCUAAAUUCUACGGGCGAUCAAGGUGCCGGUUAACCUCAGUGAGACGUUUCUCCUAAAACCGCCUUGAGUCAUUCCCAAAGAAUUUGGUGUUCAAUACCUGUGUUGGUCUGAGAUGGCCCUGAUCCUCCUGCCACUGUGUUAACAAGCUCAUAUUUCAUGGGUCGCUCAAUACGCACACCUGCAUGCACCUGGAUCCAAAUGGUAGCCCUUGAUUUAUGGCAGCCAUUCUGUUUUGCGCUGCUGUUGCUGGACCCCUGCCAUGCCUUUUCAUUUGGUACCUGGUUAAUCAAACAUUUAGCUAAGUACAGUAUUAUUAUCUGAAAGUACAGCAUUGAAGGCUUUGAUUAGUUAAUGUUUGAUUACAAAUUGGUAGCUAACAAACACCAUCAUGAGCUAACAGACCUAAUACUUUUUAAGGGACCUAAUGAAUUUAUUGUUCAAUAAAUAUAAGUGUAAGAGGGUGACAGGUGGCCCAGAAAAAGCCCUGCAGUAAUAUCCUUGAACAAAGUACUGAAUGCGCCAAUAAAAUACCACACUGUGAAAA